CUAAGUGAAACCAAGUCGUCCUCGACAAUUCAAUCAUAUCGCCUUCAAUUAUAACGGCUAACACACAAAAAGACUAACUUGGCUAUUAUUUGAAGUAAAUACGUACAUAUCUAGAACAUGGCGUUUCAUGGCCACGGAGCGGGGCGUACAGAGUGCUCGUGAGGCCGGCAUUUUGAAUACUUGCACUACAUUACAUAUCCGGCGCCUUGGUGAAGAAAAACAUUACAACAUAAAGCCUAAUUAGUCAACUACGCGGUAUGCCAUACUUUUCAAUCAUUACUAAGGACUGAUGUAUGAAUACAAGUCGCCCCAAGGUACUUACCAUAGCUGUAGUCUCGCCUACCCCUUCUGCAUGAAGGGCGGACCCGAAACUGCUUUGGGGUUCCCGCUGCUUCGAUAGCCGGAUUAAUUUGUUCGACCCCGAGAUGCGGGACGCGCGACGCGACGGCUGACCCCACCUCUGCAUGGGGUACCUCAUUCACCUUAGCUUACAGAGCUCACAGUUCUGUAUAGUUCUAGUAUCGUUUCUUCAGUUCAGAGGCUCAGAGUCACGUAAAUCCGAGUUUUCAUCUGACCUCAAUCUGAGAUGCGGCGGUAUUAUGCCUGAUGCAAGUAGCUUUACCUCUGCAAGGGAUACAGCGUCAGCUACGCUGCGUUCCCAGAGAAAUAAUUCUCAGCCAAGAGUUACUGAAAAGGCAUAAGAUAACCUUGUCUAUGAGCCAAAAC